AUGGCCAGGAAGGGAGAAGCCUCCGCGCCUCUCUACGCCAGCGCGCGGCGGCGGCGGAGUUUGUGUCCCUCAGCGGGUGGUGGGCGCAGGGACCCCUCGCAGGCGGGAGCUCGUACAGCCCGGGGCGGCCGGGAGCGGAGGGGAGCCAGCGGCAAAGGGAUGGGGGCGCGCAUGGCGAAGAUCUCCGCCAGCCCCCCGGCCUCGGGAGCAGGUGAACCAAGGAAAUUUGACCCAAAGUUCAGAGGACCUAUCCAUAACAGGCACUGUACAGACAUCGUGUGCUGUGUGAUCUUCAUAGUCGUCAUUCUGGGUUACAUUGCAUUAGGAGUUGUGGCUUGGGUGCACGGCGACCCCAGGAAAGUGAUUUAUCCAACUGACAGCUACGGGCAGUUCUGCGGUCAGAAAGACACCCCCAAUGAGUGAGUA